AUGUUAAGAAGCAAAAGUAUAAGGAAUAAUAAUAAAUAUAUAUAUAAUAAUGUAAAGUAUUAUUCAUUUAAAUUAGAUAGUAAUAAAAUAGAUGACAAAUAUAAUGAUAUUAGAAAUAUUAAAAAUAAAGAAGAUUUAAAGAAGUUCUAUCUGUUUUAUAACAAAAAAAAUUUGAAUGAUAUAUUUAAUGAUUACGAUUAUUUAAUUAAUAGUAAUUUAAGAAAUAAAUGUUCAAAAAAUGAAGUAGUAGAAUGUUUUAAAAUUAUCAAGUAUAUAGCAAAUACAGCUUCAUUAAUACAUUUUUUUAACUUGAAGAAUAAUAUAAAUGAAAAUAAUAAGAUAAAUAAUAAGAAUGAAUAUAAAAAUAUAAAUAACAAUAUUUAUUACAUUCAUAAUAUAGAAAGAGAAAAAAUAAAUAAAGAAGAUUUUAUAAAAAACAAAGAAGAUAGUAAAUGCCUAAAAUAUUUUCUUGAAAAUAACUUAUAUAAAUUUAUUUCAAAAAUAAAAAAAUGUGAUAUAUGGAAUUAUAAAGAAAAAAAUGUUAAUAAAAAUUUUACGAAUUAUUUUAUGAUAUUCCCAAUUAUGUCUAUCAAUAUAAAAAAUAACCAUCCCCAUUAUAGUUAUGAUUUUAAUGUUUUUUUUAAUUAUAUUCAUAAAAACAAUAAAAAUAUUUUUAUUGAUAUUGUUAAAAAAAUAAAUUAUAAAAUGUUAAAUUCGCAAGAAUUGAAUAAUUUAUUAAUUACAUUAACAAUAUUACACCACAACAACAAAUCAUUAUGUAUUGAUAAUAAUAAUAAUAAUGUAAGUAAAAACUCUUAUAAUUUUGAAAUUAUACAAAAAAAUAAAAAUUCUGAAAAUGUGCAAAAAAAUAAAGAUUACAUAAAUAAAAAAACAUUUAUUGAUAUUUUUAAUAAUAUAUAUAAAUCAAUAUAUUCAAAAAUUAAUACUAUUUCCUUUUUAUAUUUAUAUGAUUAUAUUCUAUUAAUGUGUAUCAAUGAAAUUAAAAACAGAGAAGCUUAUAUAGGUAUUAUUAAUAGACUAUCUAAUUAUAUGAAUGUUAUUAAUAAAAUUAGUAAUAAAAAUAAUCAAUCAAAUGAAAAUGAUGAAACCUUUUAUAAUGAAAAUUAUUCCUCUAAUUUAAUUAGUGAUAACAGCAGAUGGAAUUAUCAGAUAAAUUUAGAUGAUGAUAUUAAUAAAUAUGUUACAGAUGAUCAUAUUAAUGGAAAAAAAAAAAAGGAAAAUAUAGCUAGUAAAAAUUAUACAUAUUGUAAUGAAAUAGGAAAUGAAGUAAGUAAUGAAACAUUUAAUAAUAAAGAAAAUAUGAAUAAUUGCUUACAUGAAAAUGAAAAAAUAAAUGAAGAAAAUUCAAAUUUUUUAGUUUAUGAAAGUAAUAAUUUUCAACUAAGUAAAAAAAAUUAUUUAUAUAUUAAGAAUAAUUUACAUACUAUCAAAAAUUCUGUAAUAUCUAAAAUACUGUUAAUUUAUAUUAUGAAAUAUGUAUUUAGUCAUAUAGAUAACAAUAUAUUAUAUGCUCAUUCUGAUUUAAUAUGUGAAAAUUUAGAAUUAAUUCAUCAUUAUUUAGUUACAAAUUUUAUAUUUACAAUUGGAACGUGUAAAUAUAUUGAUGAAUUUUGUAUGUUUAUGCUUGCAAAAUAUGUGCAAAAUAAUAUAAACACUUAUACACCAAAUGAAAUCACCGUAAUUGUAAAUACAUAUGCUGAUGCAUCUUUAGAAGAUGUAAGUUUUUAUGAAACCAUUUGUGAUCAUAUUAAGUUAAAUUUUAAAAAAUUUUCUUCCAUUGACAUAAUUAAAACAAUUUAUGCUUUUUCUAAAGUUAGAAUACGUGAUGAAGAUUUGCUAAAAAUGUCUUAUAAAAAAAUAAAUAGCUACUUAGAAGAAAGAGAGAAAAAAUUUGAUAUUAAUAAACAUUUAAAAGAUUUUGAUUUAAAAAAUGUAAAAAAUUAUUCAAGUAAUUUAUUAAAAAAUAGUAAUUAUAACAUUAAUAACUUAUAUAAAAAGGAUAAUUUUUUAAUAAAUAAACAGAUUAUAAAAAAAAAUAAAUAUAUAAUUAAUAAAUACUUGUGUGCAUAUGCAGUUAUUGCAGCAGGAAAGUUAGAUUAUUUUGAUGAAUUAGAUAAAUUAUUUAUACAUUUGAAAGAAAGUAUAAAAAAUGACGGUAUUGAUAUAAGGGGUAUUUUAUGGAUGCCAAUUGCAAUUACUAGCUUUUUAAGUUUUGAAUGCAUUUUUCAUUUUUUACCAAUUUAUAUAAAUUUAAUAUAUAAUGCUUUUAGAAAAACACAAUCAACAAAAUUGCUAUCUUUAUUAAUAAGAAGACAUAGUAUUUUACUGCAUACCAUUGAAACGGAUAUUAUACCAAAAAAAUAUAUAGAUAAAAAUACAUUAAAUAAUUUAUACUUUAUAUGUAAAAGUAAAAAAGAUACAACAAAAGAAAAAGUUUUUAUUCCAGAUAGUUCUACUUUUCAUAUUGAAGUAUCUAAUGCAUUAUUGUCAUUAGAUAUUCCUCACAAAAAAGAAGUUAAUAUUUAUCCAUUUACAAUUGAUAUUUUUAUUAAAACUUCAGAAAAUUGUAACGCAAAAACUUUACCAGAUGACAUCAAUUAUGAUCAUCAAAUACUUCAAAAUGAUAAUAAAAAAAAAUACAUACGUAAUUAUAAUGAAGAUACAAAUUUUGAACAAACUUUUGAAACAAAGAAAGUAAAAAAUAAAGCAAAAAAUAAAAAUGAGGUAUAUACAGAUAUUCCUUUUUUAUGA